AUGCAAGACGCUGCAGCUGCUGGUCCUCCAACCGCCGACCAAAGCCCUCCUGUCGCCUACAUCCAGUGUGUCAGCUGUACUAGCGACGUCCCAGACAGCGACGCAUACAAGGCCCACUGCGAACAUGACUAUUGCGACGGCUGCCUCGAUCAAGUCUUCAAUCAAGCUCUCAUCGAUGAGCGAUUCUACCCUCCCCGAUGCUGCCAGCAAGACAUUCCGUACGAAGAUGUUCGCGACUUCCUCAGCGAGCGCACAGCUCAAAAUUUCGCCGCGAAGAAACCAGAGCUUGAUGAUCCAAAGCGCAUCUACUGUCACGUCCAGACUUGUUCGGCCUACAUUCCGCAAGACGCACGCGCAAACGACGUUGGUCGCUGCCCGACUUGCCCUGCCAGCACCUGUCUCGAUUGCAAGGGUACGGCGCAUGAUGGAGAUUGUCCAGAAAAUGAGGCCACUAAGCUUGUCGAGGAGCUCGCUGCAAGGGAAAGCUGGCGUCGGUGUCCCUCUUGUCGCCGCAUGGUAGAGCUCAGAACCGGCUGCAACCACAUGACAUGCCUCUGCAAGACGGAAUUCUGUUACAUCUGUGGCUCUAGCCCAUGGAUGAUUCCUGAUCCAUUGCGACCGGGCCAGCAGAAGCGCUCAUGCAACUGCGACCAGUUCGACGAGCACCGCAUUCUGGAGCGCGCCGAAGAGAUCGUGCAACGUGAGGGGGGUGGCAAUGUCAGGGCAAUGGCUGAGCAUGUGCGCGAGCAUCACGAUUGCGAAGGUUUACAUAACUGGGGCCGCGUCGAUGGUGGAUUCCACUGCGACGGCUGCAACGAGCAGGUACCUCGGUUCAUCAUGCGCUGCAGGGAAUGUCGCAUGCAGCGGUGCUAUCGAUGCACGAGGAACCUUUGA